UAUAAGCAAGGAAAGUUUGACAAGUGGUGCUCAGUUUCUCUGUAGUCCCAAACUUGGAUUUCAAGAAAGCGGUGACUGUUUGAGAAGAAGUUACGGAGAAAGUCCCUCUCUGGGCUUUCUUCUCACUUCUUGGUGACUUUCCAGUUAGAUCUCCCUCGAGAUGGGUGACUGGAGUGCUCUAGGAAGACUCCUGGACAAGGUCCAGGCCUAUUCCACGGCCGGUGGGAAGGUCUGGCUCUCCGUGCUCUUCAUCUUCCGCAUCCUGGUGCUGGGCACGGCCGUGGAGUCGGCCUGGGGCGACGAGCAGUCCGCCUUCAAGUGCAACACGCAGCAGCCCGGCUGCGAGAACGUCUGCUACGACAAGUCCUUCCCGAUCUCGCACGUGCGCUUCUGGGUGCUCCAGAUCAUCUUCGUCUCCACGCCCACGCUCCUGUACCUGGCGCACGUCUUCUACCUGAUGCGCAAGGAGGUGAAGCUCAACCGCAAGAUGGAGGAGCUCAACGUGAUCGGCAACGACGGCGGCGACGUGGAGCUGCCGCUGAAGAAGAUCGAGCUCAAGAAGCUCAAGUACGGCCUGGAGGAGCACGGCAAGGUCAAGAUGAAGGGCGCCCUGCUGCGCACCUACAUCGUCAGCAUCCUCUUCAAGUCGCUCUUCGAGGUGGGCUUCCUGGUCAUCCAGUGGUACAUGUACGGCUUCACCCUCAACGCCGUGUACACGUGCGAGCGCGUGCCCUGCCCGCACCGCGUCGACUGCUUCCUCUCGCGGCCCACCGAGAAGACCGUCUUCAUCAUCUUCAUGCUGGUGGUGUCGCUGGUGUCGCUGGCGCUCAACGUGGUGGAGCUCUUCUACGUCUUCUUCAAGCGCAUCAAGGACCGCGUCAAGCAGAACAACAAGACGAUCUACCCGCCCGCCGGCGGCACGCUGAGCACCACGCCCAAGGACCUGUCCACCUCCAAGUACGCCUACUACAACGGCUGCUCGUCCCCCACCGCGCCCCUCUCGCCCAUGUCCCCGCCGGGCUACAAGCUGGCCACGGGCGAGCGGACCAACUCCUGCCGCAACUUCAACAAGCAGGCCAACGAGCAGAACUGGGCCAACUACAGCACGGAGCAGAACCGGCUGGGCCAGAACGGCAGCACCAUCUCCAACUCGCACGCGCAGGCCUUCGACUUCCCCGACGACACGCAGGAGCACAAGAAACUGACGCCGCCGGGCCACGAGCUGCAGCCGCUGGCGCUGAUGGACCCGAGGCCGUGCAGCCGGGCCAGCAGCCGCAUGAGCAGUCGGCCGCGGCCGGACGAUCUAGACGUCUAGUCCGGCUGGACACCACCCCCCCCCCCCCAACACCCACCCCGCUGUCCCCCGUCCCUGGCACUCUUCACCCCCCCACCCACCCCAACCACCACAACCAAUACCACCACCCCGCCAUUCUUCAUCCCCACCACCACCACCCUACAUCGUCUUUCUCUCCCCCCCUCCUUCACUCUUUCUCUUUGUCCCCUGCACUCUCUCUCUCUCGAUCCCUUUGUCUUCCGAUGAGCGCGGAGGGGGGGGUCGGGUGUGUGUGUGGGGGGGGGGGGGUCACCAUGGCCAGAGAACAGAAAGCACCAAGAGGCCACCUCGCGUGCUAAGAGUGAAGACCAACCGGGGUGGGGUGGUGAGGCCGGUGGUUCCUUCUCUACCCCCCGAAUCCCCACAACCCCCCUCACCCCCUCACUACCCCCCCUCCCCACCCCCCACCCCCUCCCUUCCUCAUCCACUGGCCUCACCAGACUCUAGUCAUCAGACUUAAAAAGAAGAAAAAAAAACAAUUACUUAACACUGCUGGAGGUACUAUCCAUUAAUGAUGAUGUUGAAACUAGUGGAGCUAACAAGCCUUAACAACGGAACAGCUAUGGAGGAGGGAAAGGCACAAGACUCGGACGAGAUGUUCUGUUUGCUGGUCCCCGUGACAGUCCUCACUUCACACUAGAAGAUUAUGCCUGGGUGAUGUGUGAUGUUUGGUUUGAUCGACCUGUGUUGUUGUAAUCCAGUGACCACGUACAGACACGCACACACACACACACACACACACACACACACACACACACAUACACGCAUGCACACACACACGCGCACACACACACACACACACACACACACACACACACACACACACACACACACACACACACACAUACACACACACACACACACACACACACACACACACAUAUACAGAAACAUACACACACGAACACACACACACACACACACACACACACACACACAUACACACACACACACACACACACACACGCAUGCACACACACACCCACACACACACACGCACACACACACUUAAACAGAUACAGUUUAAAGGACAACAAACAUUCCAAUUUGAAAAUGUUGCACUUGUAGUGGCGAUUUUUGGUUUUUGUUAAUUUACUGAAAACAGACAGGAAAAGAAAAAAAGAAACUACACUUGGUGUCUAGUCCCCAUGAUGAGUCUUCUCUCACAGGACCUCAAAUCCAUCAUGUGAAACAGGGUUGUGAGUCAAUUUUGCUAAAUAUUCUGCUAAAUAGUGCUAAAUGUCGUGACAUACUAUUUAUUUAUUACCAAACAUUUACAGGACAUCCACCACUAGAUGAGGAUUGACUACUACCCAAGGUCAUAGUUAUAUAAUGUUUGAAGUCACUAGACCCAACUGCAUAUUUAUUGACCAUAAUCCAAAUUUCAGAAGUACACUUCUCAAUAAGUGAAAGGACGCUCUUUUAAUAAUUGUAGUGGACUGUCAUUUCCUGAUAAACUUUGAAUUUAUGUGCUGUCAGUUUUAUUAUUUUGUUUUUGGGAUAUUUUGGAUGUGUGGACUAAAGCUGCUGGAAGACCGAAACACAGCUUGACUUUUUGGCAAAAUUUUGCCCCAAAACAUUUUUUUGAAAGACAUGUUUUGUUUUUCUCUUUUCAAAGGUGAUGUUUUAUUUUGUUCUUUUUGAUUGGGAGAAGAGGGCAGUAGAGAGUGUUUUUUGUUAUUAUUUUUUUUUAUUCAAUGUAAUCUUUGCUGCUUGAGAGAUAGAUUUUUAGUACUGUAAAUCAAGCUAACUGUGUCACAAAUGUGAGUUUUUAGAAGACUGCUUAGAGAGCUGGACUAAUAUUUAGUCACUAUAUUAAAAUAUGGUAUACACCAAAGUAGCUCCACAAACACCAACCAUUAGUUGAUGAAAUUUCAAUUGGACAAUUAUGAAUUCCACAACUUUGCAUCAUAGUAUUUUGGUACUCGAACACGCAGGAUCAGGAAUUUUGUUUCAGCUACAAUCAAAGAUUCUAGAAUCUUUGGCUACAAUGGUGUUUGCACUGAAAUCCUGGCUAGGUUGUAAUAUGAUGCAAAACGUGGCAAAUGUUCUCUGAUAUGCAUGAUACUAAUUUAUUUUUACCGCAUACAAGGCAAAAAAUGACCACAUUUAUACAGAGCUGUACCUUUUGGUCUUGACCCGGAUCUGUUGAGAUCAAUAUCAGAUUUUCCAUCCAAUGACAGACAAAAAUUUGUUUGUAUAUUUGUUUGAUAGAAGUGUGAUGAAAUGAAGUCACUCCAUGGAAAUCCACUGUUGUACAGUGUUCAAGUGCAUGACAAGAAACAGAGCAGAACAGAACAAAAACAAAACAUCAUUAAUCAUAUCUGUGAAAAGCUAUUUUAACCAAUAAAGAUUUUUUUCUUUCUUA